CUGUUCAUUGUUGCUUCUGGUGCAGGUGGAUUAAGGCUGUAACGAAGCAAAGUAAUGCAACAUCAAGCUUACCAACCCGUUUUGCCCUGUGUUAAUAAAUAUCUGCAAUACAGAUGGGACAAAAACUGCUAUGAGAUGCAUAGGAGCAAGGUUAAAUCCGCAAAGCCAACCAUCAACACAACUCCACCGAAAACCUAUAACCAUCUUCUUGUCAAGCUGAAGAAAAGACAGCUUGAAGAAGAACGGGUUUCGAGAAUCAAAAGGGAAAAUCACAUGCUCCUUGAUAAAAUGUCCCAUAUAAUGCACACCGGCGGAGGAGUUGACUGUAGAAAUGACUAUGUAAAAAAAAGCCUUGGCUCAGAAAAAAGACAGCUGGAGCUGCUUCGCAUCACUAAAGAUAAUCAGUGUCUCCUUCAGCGUUUGUCCACCUGCAGGCCACGUUACAGUGUUCAGGUGUGGCACGAGCAGUGGCUCGAUAACCUCCAGCUCAUGGAGACUAUAGGGAGAUAUCCACGUCUGUACAAAGCACAGGGAUACUCCUUGCCACCAAUUUCUGCAGACAGACUUGGGAACGUAGAGAACAAGAAAACUGCAAGAAAUAAGCAUGAAGGGCCUGCUGACACAAGGAAUGAGAGGAAGGAAUGUGAUGAAAAGACAAAAUCUGAACACAAAGCUACUUCAUCUGAAGAUGAAGACUAGUUCAUGGAAGAUAGGGUGUAAAUCUUAAAGAUUAAAUAAAUCGUUUUCUAUAUAUCUAGAAAAGUAGGAAUAUUCUUAUCAAAUUAAGUGAAAAAUCAAGUACAUAGCAGAUUAAUGAUGGAUCAUAACCGCUAGGGGUCACUGUACAGUCAAUGUUCUGAGCAUGUACAACUAGUUUACUCUUUUUGCUGUUUUUGUUUUCUUUUAUUUCGCAUUUACUCUCUCCUCUAUUUUUUUUAUUCUGUUUCGUGUUGUAUUGUAAUUUCGUUUUUUUUUCUUAACUUCACGAAAUAUACACAUCCCUUGUACAAGUAUUAAAUCUAAAUAAAAGCAUUAAACCAAUCACGUCUGACAUAUAACCAAAUA